UCCUUCCUCUAACAAAAAGCGCUGUGUACUUACACACUAGAGGGGUUCUCGGUCGACUAGUGUAGAGAAUAGUGAGUGACACUUAGGUGGGUCUUUUCUUAGAGCCCAACAGGCCCACACAAGACUUAUACCUUAUUCUCUAAGGUACUUGUAGACAGAGAAAGACAGGUUGAUGAGAGGACAGAUACAAGGAUGAAUUACCUUCUUUCAUUGUCCACCCUGUUCUCAGGACCAAGGCGGAUUGAGUAGACCAGAGGCUUGAUGUUCCUCUACGCGAAGGCCCAAAGACUCAGUUUGAUUUAGGUCUGCUUGUUCUUGUCUUUUGGAGUGAUCAUAUUUUGUCACUCUUUUUUGGAAUACACUGAUUUCUCAGGAGAAAGGGUUUGCGUAAAGCUGGAUUACUUGUGGAGAUUAGUGAUGGGGAAUGCGGCUGCAGGAGGCUUGGAGCAGGAACCGGGUGAAGGCCGGGAGGCCAGGAACUCAGUCGGAGCAGCUUCUGGAAUGAGUGACCCCACUCCAACCUUGCAGAAGAAGCAGCCGGCUCCCCCCAAACUGCCCAUGCCUCCAGAGGAGGAGCUGGAGGAGCGCUUCAAUGUGGUGCUGAGCUACAUGAACUUGCCUCCAGAUAAACUGAAGCUGUUGAGUCAAUACGACAAUGAAAAGAAGUGGGAAUUAGUCUGUGAUCAGGAGCGUUUCCAAGUGAAAAGCCCCCCCUCAACUUACCUGACCAAGAUCAAGAGCUUCUACCAGGAUCAGGGAGGGGUGUCUCGCAGGCUGAAGAAACGGAUCCAAGAGGCCACCCAGGUCCUUAAAGAUUUAGAGAUAUCCCUUCGCACCAAUCACAUUGGAUGGGCCCAAGAGUUUCUCAAUGAGCAGAACAAAGGUUUGGAUGUCCUGGUGGAAUACCUGUCCCACGCACAGAGCGACGCCUCGUUUGAAGUGGAGAGUGUUGAAAAUGGUGGCACCCUCUCAGAUAGAGGAAAGCCAGCAGAGAGGUCAAUGGAAGACUUGACCAGGAGCUCCAGCAGCUCUCACUCACAUGGGAUGACCAGAGCUGCUCGUGCACUGACUGUGAGAAUAAGCUCCACUCUAGGGAACAAGAUGCACAAGAAGUCCCAUUCAUCCAACCAGAGAGACGAUGUACAUGUGUGCAUCAUGUGCCUGCGAGCCAUCAUGAACUACCAGUCUGGUUUUAACCUGGUGAUGACUCACCCACGCUGUGUGAACGAGAUCACGCUCAGUCUCAACAGCAGGAAUCCCAGGACCAAAGCCCUCGUGCUAGAGUUGCUGGCCGCCGUGUGUCUUGUCAGAGGAGGACAUGACAUCAUUCUCUCUGCUUUUGACAACCUCAAAGAGGUGAGCAGAGAAAAGAACCGCUUUGAGAAGUUGAUGGAGUACUUCAUCAAUGAUGACAGCAACAUUGACUUCAUGGUGGCUUGCAUGCAGUUCAUAAACAUUGUGGUCCAUUCAGUGGAGAACAUGAACUUCCGCGUUCAUCUACAGUACGAGUUCACUCACCUUGCUUUGGACAAGUAUCUAGAGCGUCUGAAGCAAACAGAGAGUGAGAAGCUGCAGGUGCAGAUCCAGGCGUACCUGGACAAUGUGUUAGAUGUAGGAGCGCUGCUGGAGGAUGCUGAGAACAGAGGAGGGAUGCUGGAGCAUGUGGACGACCUGCAAGAGCACAACGCACAGCUGAAUGCCCGGCUCGAGGACAUUGAGAAUCGGACUACAGAGAGAAUAUCUGAACUUGAGACUCAGCUCAUGCAGGCCACCAAGGAGACUGAGCUGCUCAAAGAAAGCCUGCGAGACUCCUGUUCCCAGGUUAGCGCGUUGCAGCAGAGAGAACGGGAGCGAGAGCUGGACAGGGAGAGGGAGAAGGACAGGGAGCACCUGGGCACCUCCACCCCUCAGACGUCUUCAGAGCUGGAGCAGAAGAUCCAGGAGCUGCAGGACAAGGGGCUGAUCCGUCUGGGACGCAGCGCCUCCGGAGGUCUGGACAUCCAGGUCGUGCCUGUCACAGUGGUUGAAUACGUCCAGGCUCCAGCCUCAGCCGCCCAGCCCAGCGCUCUGCACUCUGCCACUGACUCUGCUUCCCCACCAUCCAGCCAUCCUGCCUCUGCCCCUGCGCCACCUCCCCCUCCCCCUCCCCCUCCACCUCCACCUCCACCUCCCGGUGGUCCAGCGGCGGUUGCUUCUCCUCCUCCACCACCUCCUCCACCGCCUCCCCCAGGAGGUUGUGGCGCUGUCCCACCUCCUCCUCCUCCACCUCCCCCUGCUCUUGGAGGAGGUCCACCACCUCCUCCUCCCCCACCUGGUGCCGGACCCCCACCCCCACCUCCUCCGCCUGGUGCUGGACCCCCACCUCCACCUCCUCCGCCUGGUGCUGGACCCCCUCCUCCUCCUGGAGCGCCAAACACUCAAUCUGGGCUUAAGAGCAAGAAGACCAUUCAGACCAAGUUCAGGAUGCCGUUGUUAAACUGGCAGGCCUUGAAACCAAACCAGGUGACAGGCACUGUCUUCAACGAUCUGGAUGAUGAGCAGGUCUUAGGGGAGCUGAACAUGGACAUAUUUGAGGACCUGUUUAAGACCAGGGCACAGGGUACUUCAUCAGACCUGUCCAAUAUCAAGAAGAAGGUGGUCCAGAAGGCCCCCAGCAAGAUGUCCUUGAUUGACCCCAACAAGGCCAAGAAUCUUGCCAUCACGUUACGCAAAGGGGGCAUGAACCCAUCUGCUAUCUGCACCGCCAUAGAGACUUAUGACCAGCAGUCUUUGUCCAUUGACUUCCUGGAAUUACUUGAGCACUUCAUACCAUCAGACUUUGAGAUGAAGCUGCUGAUUAACUAUGAGAAGGACGGCCGCCCGCUGGAGGCGCUGACCGACGAGGACCAAUUCAUGUUGCGCUUCGGGAAGAUUCCUCGUCUGGGACAGCGAAUAAACACUCUCACUUUCAUGGGCAACUUCCCGGACACCGUCAAACGCCUGCAGCCGCAACUGAACUCUAUCAUUGCUGCAUCCAUGUCCAUCAAGUCUUCAACCAAACUGAAAAAGAUCUUAGAAAUUGUUCUCGCCUUUGGCAACUACAUGAACAGCAGUAAGAGGGGUGCGGCCUAUGGUUUUCGGCUGCAGAGUCUGGACCUUCUGUUGGAGACCAAGUCAACUGACCGAUCGCAGACGCUGCUUCACUUCAUCACCAACAUCAUCCAGGAAAAAUACCCAGACUUGGUCAACUUCCACACUGAGCUACACUUCGUAGACAAGGCAGCCCUCGUGUCACUGGACGGCAUUCUUCAGGAUAUCCGCUCAUUAGAACGAGGAAUGGAAAUGACCAAGAAGGAAUUCCUGGUCCAGGAUGACUGCCCGGUGUUGAAGGACUUCAUCAAGACCAACAGCGAGCAGCUGGAAUCUUUGAUCAAAGACAGCAAGACAGCACAGGAGGCAUACGGCUCCGUGGUGGAGUAUUUCGGAGAGAACCCCAAAACCACACAGCCUUCCAUGUUUUUCCCGCUGUUUGGACGUUUCAUAAAGGCCUAUAAGACGGCACAGCAAGAGAUUCAGCAGAAAAAGAAAAUGGAGCGUGAGAACAGUGAGGAAAAAGAGCCAUCAUCUCCCAACAAGCCUGGGGUGCAAAAGGGGCCUAUGAUGCCUAAAAUGCCCCAGAUGGACCUGAUAGCUGAGCUGAAGAAGAGGCAGGUGAAGCCGCAGGUACGCGAAGGGAAGGACGGCGCCCUGGAGGACAUCAUCACAGAUUUGCGGAACUCGCCAUACAGGCGGACAGAUGGUCGACGGCCAGCGCAGCGCCAGGACACUUGAAACACCUCUGGUCCAAGACUUUUUACAGAUUUAACUGGAAUCACAUUCAAGCAUACAAACAAAAGAACAAGCUUUAAAAUGUUCUGUAUAUACAGUAUAUCAAAGUAUAUAAUUAGCCAUAUGGCAGUCUGCAUUUUUGUGAACAUUAUAGUGUGAAUUUGUUGUGUAAAUAGAAUUUAAGUUGGAACUAUUUGAUAUUUUUAAUGAGACAGUCCAUGAAUUUGAUUCCAAAACAACCUUAUUAUUAUUUCUGUGGCGCCUCAUGGCUUUGUAUGCUCCACAUUUGUACGGUUGGUGAUUAUCAAGUAAAAAACCAACAUGACUUUAUUUUGAAAUAAACCUAUUUUUUAGCCAUUGUU